GCAGGGGUGGUGGGGAGGAGCAGAUUCCAUGAGACUCUUAGCUUGCACAGAAGCUGGAUUACCAGCAGCCGGCACCAGCUUUGCCAUCUCUUUCUCUCUGCAUCUCCUCCUCUGGAUGAAGUUCCAUUGGCUCGGCCUUUCCCUGGGUUUGGGAUCCAGGGCCUUCUCACUCGUUGGAACAAACUGGUGCUGUGGAUUGACUGUGCCUGGCUCCUAGACAACUGAACACGCAAGUUUUGCCCUGAUUUAGAAGGGGAAUCUCCUUCCCCACUCUCACUGUGAGAAUGUUGGUGCUUCUGGCUUUCAUCAUCGUGUUUCACAUCACCUCAGCAGCGCUGCUGUUCAUCGCCACCAUCGACAAUGCCUGGUGGGUAGGAGAGGGAUUUUUCACAGAUAUCUGGAGAGUAUGUCGCAACAAUUCUAAUUGUACAGAAAUUAAUGACUCCCUUGAUGAUUACACUACUAUUCAAGCCGUUCAAGCCAGCAUGAUCCUUUCCACCAUCCUUUGCUGCAUAGCUCUCUUUAUCUUUGUGCUCCAACUCUUCCGCCUGAAGCAAGGAGAGAGAUUUGUUCUAACUUCAAUUAUCCAGUUACUGUCAUGCCUUUGUGUCAUGAUUGCUGCAUCCAUUUACACAAACCAAUAUGAAGAAAUCCAUAAGGACAAAAAGUUUUAUGAAGAUAUAACUCAAGGGAAAUACGGCUAUUCCUUCAUCUUGGCCUGGAUUGCAUUUGCCUUUACUUUGAUCAGUGGCAUAAUGUACCUAAUACUGAGAAAGCGUAAAUAAAACCCCGGGAGCUAACUUUCCAUCACUAUAGUAGAAAACCCAAAUUUCAAUAACCAAUUUGUAUAUAAUCUUUUUUUCUUUUUGGUUUUGUAGUAAAAAUAUUGUUUUCUUUGAAAAGUGAAAGAAAAAAAGGAAAAAAAAGUUUUGCAUCCUUGGUAUCUGAUAGAAAGACUAUGAAAAGGAACAGGCAGUAUUCUGGAACACUUGGCCACCCAAGAGAUUGAAUGAGACAAAGCUAACAAUCUGAUUUCCUCAGCAUGAUGUUUCUUAACCCGACUGUGCCUGUGACUGGAUGCAAUCAGAUACUAACAAACCCCUUUCCUUUCCUCAUCCGACAGGGCUCAUGUACAGUAUAUAUGACAAGUCAAUGCUGUCUUUUUCUCUGACAAGGUUCUUGUCCUCAUAUGACUUGGUACGGGCCAUAGAGGUAGAAAGCAGAAUCAGAGAGGUUAGGGAGAAAGCAGCAACAGCAGCAACAACAAAAACCAAAGAAUGAAGGCCAGAUGACACCUUUAGCCCUCAUAGUCAUAGUAGAAAUUUGCAAAGGCCAGUGUUGGUUGGGUUGUCGUGUGUGUAUGUGUGUGUGUGUGUGUGUGUGUGUGUGUGGUUGCCAACCAUUAGGUUCAAGUUGGUCCUGUGGUGGCUUGUGAAUUUGUACAGUAAAAUGCAAUGGCUCUUGCUGGGAAAACCACUUGCUUUGAAAAAAGUCAGCCUUGAUUUCUGCAGACCCUUGAGUGAGGAUUCUCUCAUUUUCAUGCUAGUUGUGCAAAGCAGUCUCAAGAACUUACCAACAAUGUCAUCACCUUAGCAAGUGGGGAUGAGGGAGCGGAAUAGCUUUCAGGUGAGAACCAGUGGGCAGCUGGCUAGUCCAGCUUCCCUCCCCCAACCCUUGGCCAUCCUAACUCCAAAUGUCAACUCAACAGCUCAGCAGGAGCUUGCUUUCUCUUAACUUCCUCAGUUUGGGCCUGAAGGGCCUUUUUUUGGGGGCCUUUUUUUUGGGCCUUCCUUUGGAAGCUUUCUGAAUUCAUUUAUCUUCCCCAUCCUUGGUCCCCCAGAGGAAAUAGCAUCCAAGGCUGAUGUGAUUGAAAGGACCUCUUCAAAGAUGGAGAUGGAGCACCUGAAGCAUUGCUCCCUCUACUGGUCAUCUAUGAGAGGAACAGGCACCUUCCUGACUAACUCCCUCUGGAAAGUUAUUCCAAAAAAGCCUUCCACCAUGAUGUGUUGUACGAGUCCAAACCCUCAUAGAGCCAAGGGUUGGAAGCUUCCCUUCCCUUCUCAUCUCACCUCUCUCCCCCACUCCCAUCCCUGGGUGGCUAAUUAAGAAAAUGAUAAGUUUGGUACCUCCCUUGGGAUCCCUGCCUGAUCUGCCCUGUGGCAAGCAUCUUGAACAGCUAAAAAAUUAUCAGUGGAAGAUAAGAGGAAAAAAAGCAGCAGGUUGCCCAAAUCCAGGAGCUGGACAUCAUUCCCUAAAUAGCAUACGACCAGCUGUCCUUCAGUCUCCUCAGUGGAUAAAUCCAGAGACUCUGCGUAUUUUUAAAUGCUACUGCACAUAUUUAGAUGAGCCUAAAUAUAGUUGCCUUUGACUCACUCCAAUGGCAUUUAGUAAGCCUCGUACUGUAUUUGAUGCACACAUAUAAUACUUUACAUGAUCUUCCAUUGAAGAUUUCGUGUUCUUGAUAACAGAUGAGUAGGUUAGUGGCAGGGGUGGGGUGGGGGUUGUUUUGUUUUGGGGUUUUUAAUAUUUAUAUAUAAAUGUUAGUUUUGUGGUGUGACUUAAGACACCAGGAAACCCCCAAAUGAGCCUAGGCCUUUACCUGUGUGGCAAUUUCCUUUUUUUUCUUUUUUUAAGAAGGUGUGUAUAUGUAUCCACAUAUAUGUGUGUGUGUGUGGAUGUCUGUGUGCCUGUGUAUGUGCAUUUCUCUCUUACUCAGGACUUGAGAGGAGGUGUUUUUCUAACCUCACCACAUUCUGACAUUGGUCUGUCUCGUUACACCAUAUAUGUUAUUUAAAUGUAGCUUUUUGUAGUUUUCAUUUUGCUCAAUGUAAUGGUGAUCUCUACACAGUCAGACCGACACAGAAGGAGGUAGGAAAAGAAUAGCUUAGCUGUCCGUACACCUCACAUUUGGGCAGGAAUGGGACCCUAUCUCACUAAAUUACUCAAGGGAAAGGAGUAAAAUCAUAGUGGACUUAACAGCUGCCCAGCUGUCCGAUGGCAGGAGAAUCACAGCUUUUGUAGUUGGAAGAAUGUUGUUUGUAGAUGGAUUUAUUGACUUAUGCAAGGAUUCAUGUGGGAAAAUAAGGCUAAAGGACUCACGAAGCUUUCUUAGGGUUACAAAUGGCAUCUCUAUAAUAGGGAGUUGAAAUAGUUUUUUAGUGGGGUAUUAAACAUCUUAAAUACAAUCUGAAAAUUACUGGGUGUAUUUAGUACUCUGUGGAUAUUCACAUAGAUAUAGAAUGGCAAGUUCCUUGAGAUAGGAAGCAAACUUUCCCCAAAAUGCAAUGAUUGACAUUUGUGAGGGUUAGAAAAAGGCAAUAGUAUUAAAAGUGAGGAAUUUGACUCACCUGUGAUAUGAAGAUAAAAGGAAGGGGGGGGGAAAUGAGAAAAUAGAAAAUAAAAUGUUCCACUGAGCAGGAUUGGUGAUUAUUCCUUGAUAUUAAUUACCAAAUUAUUCUUAUCAACUCAAAUAGAAAACUAGAGCCAACCCUGAAGGAACUAUGAAUUUUGUUAGCUGUUGAAACUCCAGUAUGAAACUCCACAAUUUGCCUGUGACUUAAUAGAAAAUUAAUAAGGAAUUGGUUGAAAAACACAGUGGUUAAGUGGCUUUUCUAGAGACAUAUCUUGUCACAGAAAGGAUCUGACUUUAGGCCCAGCAUUCUAACCACGACGCCAGAGUGUCUCUAUAAAGUGAAUAUUAGGACCAACAAAACAAAAACUUCUAUUAUGAUAAAAAUCAAGUUUGAGAAAAUAAGAUUUGUGCAUUGUAUAAUCCUUUUUAGGAAUUACUGUAACUCUAUUUUUUAGAAGUGACCAGAUGGAGACCAGCAGCUGAUUUUUUAAAAUCUGCAUUAAGCCACUGUGAGUUUCCCCCCUUCUUUUGAAAUAGCUUAAUAAAUUUCUAAAUUAUUCGCCGGAGUAGGUCAAUGUACAUAGGUAUUCAACAAUGGAAAGAUCUGAGAUGCCUUGUAAACAUCAACAUAUCUUCAUGCUAUAGGAUUGCUGUUUCACGCAGGUACACAUACCCUAAUAGAGAGAGAGAACUCCCAUGAUAUGGGAUAAUAACUCCAGAAUUAGCUGAAUGACGAGAUUUUUUUUGACACCCAAGUUCCUGUUUGCUUAUGCUGUUUUAAACACACAAUAGUCUAGAUUUAAGAUGGAUAAUAAUUAAAACUGCCUGGAUGGGGAUCACUAAACUAAUUCACAAUAAUGGUUACUUAAAAAGAACAAGUUGUAAAAUUUUGUAUAUUGGGGGUGAUGGUGAUGUGGGAAGUGCUGGGGCUAAAAGCAUAGGGGCUUAAUUAGAUGAUUAGUGUCAGAACAAAUGUGAUUUUAGAAUUAGCUAGGUUCUUUCUACUUAAUGUGCCUUUUAAAAUAUUCCAUUUUCUAUGUUUUAUAUAAUCUGAAGCUAUACAUGAAAAUAAAGUUUAAACAAUGUGGUCAAGAACAAAAGACUAAUAUCUACCUAUGGUAAGAAUGUCUUAGGGGGAGGAGGGUGAUUAAAAAUGCCGUGAACCAUUAA